AUGUCGACCCCUCUCAAUCAAACUUUCUCCGAUCACAAGAUUACAGCUAAUGAGUUGAAUUCAAGAAUUUCUGCUGUUCCAAAAAAUGUUGAUCCAGUUCCACCAAACACCAUUCAGCUCUUUCUACAAAAAGCCCUAGAAAGCUCUAUCAAUACAGGAGAGAUCCCAGCCAGCCUCUUUCCACCAAUUGCAGAGAAGGAUCACAAUAUUACUUCACACAAUGACCCAGUCUCAUGGCCACGUCUCAACUCAAAUGCCAGAAACAAUAUCCUUCUCUAUCCAGGCUCUUUCAAUCCACCCCACCAAGGUCAUCUAGCCACGAUCCGCUAUUUUGCGGAGCGUCGUGAGCAACUCGGUAUUACCACUAUGUUUCUCUUCGUUGAUCCUGGCUCGAUUGUCACAAGCAAAAAGAAGAAAUGGGGUGAAGUUAUACUUCCAAAAAACCUCCGCUAUGAGCUUUUCUACAAAGUCCCCGAAAUUUCUCAACUCGUUGCAUCAGGAUGGCUUCAGCUGCUGGUGGGAGAUAUGGAUAAUCACAUCAAAGUCCUACGGGCGACAACCGAUUUGGUUUCGGAAGUUGGGUAUGCAGUUAAGUUGGUAGGACUGUUGGGUGGGGAUAAGUUGACGGUAGAAAGCGCGCCACAUGUACAUCCGGGAAGCUUGCAGGAAUGGGGUCCGGUGGAUGAAUUUCUUAUCAUCAACGCAAGAAGACCGGUCGAUUUCUUUGAUCCGAAGACAGAUAAGAUUCCAAGAGAUCUGCCAGGUUGUACAAAGUGGAAGAGAGGUACGGAGAAGGGUGAUGAGGAAGGGGGAACCAUCGACGAUGAGGUCGGUGUUCUGUGGACAUGUCAGGCCUUGACCGUCCCUGGAAAUCCGAUCAUACAAUUCCGUGCCUCACAACAUAGUGCGUCAAAUGGUGUUAGUUCAACUAAGAUUCGACAGAUUAUGACCGAGACAGUCGAUGAAAAACUUAUGGAGGGACUAAAGGAUAAAGUCAUUAGUGCUGAGUUUUUGGUUGAUUGGUUGGUUCUUCAGCGUAAUCAGUCGCGUAAGGUCUCCGAUGAGAAAGCAUUUCUUUAA